UCAAGAUUUCGCCUCUUCGCAGGCUUGAGUAUCGAUUUCACUUCAAUUUGCUGGAGAACCCGAGAAAUCACAUUUGUUGGUUCUCUCUUCGCGAUGACAUCAAAGAGAUCCCAACUGAGCUUGGAGAAUUCCCAAAGCACUCAACAGAUCAAUGCUCAUUUGGGACGUGUGAGGAAGCCGAAAGGAGAUCGCACUAGGCGAAGCUGGACUGAACGAGAGGAGGAGGCCCUCGUCGUACAUCUGAACGAGCUUGUUGCUACUGGCUGGAAGUCGGACAAUGGGUUUCGAACUGGCUUCCUUACAAAGCUCGAAGAUGCCAUGCGCAUUCAAUUUCCCACAGCUAAUAUCAAAGGAACGCCGCACAUCAUGUCCAGACUUUCAGCGUGGAAAAAAAGCUCCGGGUUGUUGGAGAAAAUUCUAAACAGGAGCGGCGUAGGGUUUAAUUCGAAGGGGGACUACAAAUUUGAGUGCGAUGACGAUCAAUGGGACCAAAUUGUGAAGGCUGAGCCUGAAGCUCGUUUCAUGAGGGAGAAAGGCUGGCCGUUAUGGCCGUAUUGGCAAAUCAUAUUUGGUAAAGAUCGUGCUGUAUUUGGAUUUCAUGGACAAUGUGCCAGUGUCGACCUUAGGAGUAGUUGUGUGUAA